UUUUGACAGUAAAGUGACAUUGAACGGGCUGAAAAAAUGGGACGAUCAACACAAAGACCUGCAUUGCUAAAUAGAAAAACAAUAUGAUGUUGUGCUUGUGUUUUUUCAAUUUUUCUUUUGAAUUAUUCUACGGGUCUUAAGGAGGUUGGAUUAUUCAAUAGAUGGAGAGCGAAAAAUUUCAUUGUGGAGCUAAAUCCAGAAUUCGAUGCAAUUCUGCUAGGGCUUUGGUAUUUGAUGAGCCAGUAUCGCCUUGUGAAAGGCCAAAAUGUUCAAUGCCGGUGUGUGGAUGUGGGGCUCCGAUCAAACAUGUUCACUCUGAUUAUCCACAGGUUACCCAACCUUCAAACUUGGUUCGUAUGCGAAAUUCAACCUUAGGGAAGUCUGCUCCAUCUUUGUCCUUGAAUAUGAAGGACACAAAUGUUUCUCGUCGCAAUAGCCGUCCAGUAGCUGUCCAUCGAUUAAGUUUUAUAACAAACACUUCACCUGUUCUGCCUAGGUCACAUUCUCCAAUCUGUGGAAGUCCUAUCGACAGUCCCAGAACCCAUUCUAGUUUCAUCAACUUCUCAUUUGCACCAAUCAAAAGAAUUGUGGCUGGUUGUAGAGGAGAUGGUAGAAGAUGGUCCGUAGCAUCCUUACCAUCCUCAGGAUAUGGAACAACUCCUGGUAGUUCCAAUAUUUCUUCUAAAUGCUCAAGCCAUGAAAAAUUGCAUCAGCUUCCACAUUUACCCACUACUGAUGAUAUGAAAAUGCUUACACAUCAUUUUUCCAGCAAUGAUAGCAACGCUUCCAUAUCAGGUGUUACAGAAGAAAAUGUAGCUACACAUAGAUCACCACUUCAUCGUCCACGUUCAAGAAGUCUGAGUAGUCCAAGUAGAUCUCCAAUUAUAGAUAAUGAUAUAUGUAUGAUGAAUACUUUGUACAAAGAACGUUUUCCUAAAGCUACACAGCAAAUGGAAGAAAGGUUGACGAAUUUCAUCGAAGAAAAUAAAUCCAUUGAUUUUGGAAAAGCAUUUUGUGAUUUUGUGCCUAUUGUUCGUUUUGUUCAUCAUCAAGUUCUGGAAAUGGCAAGAGACUGUUUACAUAAAUCUCAGUCGAAGCUCAUCACCAGUAGAUAUUUCUAUGAAAUGUCUGAAAAUUUAGAGAGACUCUUAACCGAGACAAAAGAAAAAUCCGAGGAUGCUGCUAAUCUAGUCACAGGCUUCAUAAAGAAGCUGUUAUUAAUUAUUUCGCGACCUGCUCGUCUUCUGGAAUGCCUGGAGUUUGACCCUGAGGAGUUUUACCACUUUUUGGAGGCUGCAGAGGGCCAGGUUAAGGGUUUUCAAGGCAUCAAAACAGACAUACCUCAAUACAUAAUUCAGAAAUUGGGAUUAAAUAGAGACCCCAUAGCUGAGCUACAGCAAGAACUGCGCGAUUGUUCAUGGAGCUCCAAUUUAUCCUCAUCAUGUAAUUCAGUGUGUAUGUCUUCCACACCUAAUUCAAAGGCUACCUUCAAAAAUCCCAACGAACAGGAUUUCGAAGUGGUAAAACUUAUUUCCAAUGGGGCUUAUGGUGCGGUUUACUUAGUUAAGCACAAACAGACAAAGCAAAGGUUUGCAUUGAAGAAAAUUAAUAAGAAUAACUUGAUGUUGAGAAAUCAGGUGGAGCAGGUUUUUGCAGAACGAGAUAUAUUGAGUUUUGCCGAUAAUCCCUUUGUAGUUUCUAUGUACUGCAGUUUCGAAACUAGAAAACAUCUUUGUUUAGUCAUGGAGUAUGUGGAAGGAGGAGAUUGUGCUAGUUUAUUGAAGAAUAUUGGACCACUUCCUUCAGAUAUGGCCAAGUUUUAUUUUGCCGAGACUGUCUUAGCUGUUGAAUAUCUUCAUAGCUAUGGCAUUGUACAUAGAGACCUUAAACCAGAUAACCUACUGAUAACCGCAUUGGGACAUAUCAAACUAACAGACUUUGGAUUGAGUAAAAUGGGAUUAAUGUCACUGGCAACAAAUUUAUAUGAAGGUUAUGUCGACACAGAAUCGAGGCAAUUUUCAGACAAGCAAGUAUUUGGAACUCCGGAAUAUAUAGCACCAGAAGUAAUACUUAGACAAGGUUAUGGUAAACCUGUAGAUUGGUGGUCAAUGGGUAUUAUUCUGUACGAAUUUCUUGUGGGUUGUGUCCCAUUCUUUGGUGAUACUCCUGAAGAGCUUUUUUCUCAUACAGUACAUGAUGAUAUUGAGUGGCCAGACAAAGACGAUUGGCCUGUACAAGAAGAUGCUAAGGAUCUGAUCACAGCACUUUUGCAGCACUCUCCUAGAGAUCGUUUGGGGACAGGAGGUGCUCAUGAGGUUAAGGAACAUAUUUAUUUUGCGGAUUUGGAUUGGAAUAGUUUGUUGAGACAGAAGGCCGAAUUCAUUCCUCAGUUAGAACAUGAUGAGGAUACAAGCUAUUUUGACAGUCGACUUGAUAGAUAUAACCAUGAGCUUGAAGAUGAUACUGAUGAUACAGACGAUUCCCCAGUUUUUAGUCUGUUUUCUUCUUGCUCUCCUCAAUAUAAAAAAACAAAUGUUUCCAAGCUAAGUCUUAAUACAGAUGUUGAAAAGGUGACUGAAUCCCCCAAGUUUAGUUUAGAUACUCCGGACACUCCAGAUAUUCCCGAUAGCAAAUUGAAAUUUGAGAUACAAACAUCAAGUAAGGAACAUACCGAGGUUGUGCAUGUGGAACAUAAAAAGCCUAUAUUAGAUAUCAGUAGAACAUUGAGUACCCCUGAUUCAUCUCAGACAGACAGUGAUGAUGUAUCUCCUCAAAUUCAAAGAAAACGUAGAAGUGCGCAUAGCAGAGAUGUAUUGCCUAAAUUUUCCAUAUCAAUGGAAGAUGCCUCCGAACACAGUUCGAUAAAUCUUGAAAAAACUUUGGCGUUGGCUAGGAUCUCGUCAACUCCAACUUCAAGCAAACAUAAAUCGAGAUCGGUUGUCAAGAGUGCAUCGGCUUCAGGGUUAUCACUGAUGAUUCCGACUACAGAUGAAUUUGAAGCUAUACAUUCUCCUAGUGGAGGUGGAUCAAGUACUGCAAGUUCUCGUGAUACUUCUCCUUGUAGAGAAUUGUCACCGCUCAUAACUAGUUUGAAGCCACCAAUAAUAAUAAGAAGAGGUCCUAAAGGAUUUGGAUUCACAGUACAUACGAUCAGGGUGUAUUAUGGUGACACAGAUGUAUACACUAUGCAUCAUUUGGUUAUGGCAGUAGAGGAGGGAAGUCCAGCGUUUGAAGCAGGCUUGAGGCCUGCAGAUCUGAUAACUCAUAUCAAUGGAGAAACAGUUCAAGGUCUAUAUCAUACUCAGGUGCUUCAGCUUUUAUUGGGAGGUGCUGAACAUGUUAGCUUGAGAGCGACACCUCUGGAGCAAACCUCCAUCAAGACAGGUGGACGAAAACGCGAACCGGGAUUGAGCAAGCUGGCAAAACGCAGUCUUCACAGACAGAGAAAGCAGAAGAAAGAUCACGAUAAGAAACGCAAGAACUCUCUGUUCCGAAGGAUUAGUAAUAAGAGGGCUAGUGCAGAAAUCCAACAGGUUUGUUACAGUAAUCUAGUAAAUAUUAUGGCGGCAGGUAUACAAUCUCCCAUCAGUGUAACUCCUAGUCGAAGUUUCCAGUCCUUCUCACGAUCUCAAGAUAACAGCCCCUUGAAUGUUGCAACAGUUCGAAACAAUUCAAACAGGUCAAAUUUAUCAGCUCCAGACAAUAUGAGUCACCUCUCAAAUAGUCCUUCAACUCAAACUCCAUCUUCUAGUUCCUCGAGCCCCACACCAGUAUCAGCAAGUCGGAGUAGUAAGCAGCAUUAUCAGAGACCUUCUACUUUGCACGGAUUGAAACAUAAGCUUCAUUCGACUGGUUGUUCUAAAGUAUUACAUUCUACAAAUCCUUCUUGUGCAGCUACUAUUCCUAGCAGAAGGAAGUCAGUUGGGCAUAUACCCCUCUCUCCUCUUGCCAGGACCCCUUCUCCCUCACCAUUACCAGCUUCCCCUACUAGAUCUCCUAGUCCUUUGACUUUUCCUAUUGGCCAUCAGCCUGGCAGUUCAAAUACCACCCAGUCCUACAGUCCUAGUGCAGGAGGAGCUCCCAUCGCUAUGUGUAAUCAAAGUAAAAAAGGCUUUGUCAGGGCUAAGACUUCGGAACCAGGAUCACCUCUUUUAAGAAGAGCUUUGUCUCCAGAUCGUUUACACCCAAGGAGUGCUGAAAAUAAAUGUUCGAUCUCACCACUUUGUUCAUCAGGGAACAGCCAAACAGUUGUUAAGGCUCAACCAAGAACCAAUAAUACUGCAUUGUGGAAACCUUCUCAGUUGGAUAGGGAUAAAGAGAUGGAAUUAGAAAACACAUUGGAUUUGUCUAAUUCUUCUGACACUCAGAACCAAAACAGGUUAUCUUUGAAUUUAUCUGCACCUGGAGAACUUUUACCUAGAAUUGCUGAAGAAAAGGACUCACCCACAAGCAGUUGCUAUGAUAUUAAACAGGAUUUAACUAAAACCAUCAAAGAAAAAGAUAAAUGUGAUACAACAGGCUUGACAUUCAACUCUAAUGCAAUACAAAAACAAGAUUCGAAAACAUCCAACGAGGUGAGAGAAUGUACUGUGAACAAUAGAAAGAGUGAUUCAAGUAAUGAUAAAAUGAAUGAAUUAAUAAAAACAAAUUCUAAUAUUCAUGAUGGGGAUAGUCAGAAGGCCAAAGUUUUGGAAGAUAGUAAAGAUAGGGUAUCUAAACGUUUGGUGGAAAAUCCACACAAAGUUCCUAUUGAAAAAGAACUGACAUCGAAAAAGUCUGAUACUGUAAUAUUAAAACCUAAAGUGGUGGAAAUGAUUGAAAAACAAAAAGUUAAAAAUGUGGUAGAACUUGAUAAAUCCAAGCCUACAAAAGGUGACGAAAAUGAGAAAAAUUGUCAUAACCCUCCAGAGCAACUCACUAAAACAAAAGCAAAAACCAAUACAGAAGGUGAGAAACAAAAACUAAUAGAGAAAGAAGAUGAGAAAUCUUCGAAAUCUGUUGGUGACAGUGAACCAAGUAAAACAAAAACUACGAAAGAAUUGUUGAGAGCGUUCUCCCUUAAAGAAUCCAAAAAACAGAAGGAUAUCAAGAAGCAGAACAAAAACAGUGAAAAAGAGAAGGAGCAGGGUAAAUCUGAAGCAGGUAAAAGUACCUGCAAGUCUGAAGAUAAGGAUAGUAAAACUCAAUCAAAGCCUGCAGAGGAUAAUACAAGUAAAGGCAGCAAAAAAACGAAAAAUUAAGAGAAGCUACAGAUUGAAUCUCCUAAAUCUCUGAUAGCUAGUAGAAAGUGAAUAUUAACUCCUGCCUAUGUAGGUAGUUUGUGUUGUAUAUAAUUUGAAAAUUUUAUCUUUGAUUCAUUUUUAUAAGUCAUUUUUUAUAUUUGAAAAGCUUAGGGAGGUGAGCAAGUCAUCUAUUCUGAGAUUUUACCAAAAAUCAGAAUAUGAUUUUGAAAUAUUCGAGAUUUAAUUUAUAAUUAUUUAUUGUAGAAGGUACAAAAAAAUCUCUAGGUCUUAUAGAUCGAUUGAAUGUUUUAAGCAUUGGGCAGAGUUAAGAGAAAUGCGUAUGAAUUUCGAUUUGGUUUACAUUGGGUAGGGCAAUAUCAAUAAAAUCUAUGAUUCAUACAGAUCAACAGAAUAGACAAUUCAUUUAUAGAAUGGAUAUGUCUGUGUUGAUUCAUGGUGCACCUAUCCUCUUAUUGUGAACUAUUUUGUGUAAUUUUAAAAGUGCUGAUGUAGCCCGAAGUCAUGGAAAAAUUCUGGACUAAUUGGCCAUAAUUAAACUAGUAUGAACUUUUCGAAAAUAUUACCAUUUACAUGACCAAUAAACCCAGAAUUAUCCAGGAAUCACAUGAUUCUUAUCAAUUUAUUCAUUCUUUUAGUUCCUGUGUCAGUAUUGAUCCUUUAAGUUUUUUAAAAGGAAUUCUUUUUUCAAUAUAUUAUUAAAAAACUAUAUAAACAAAUUUAUACUCAAGAAGGGGAUAUUGAAAAUAUUCCGAUUUUUAUUUAUGACAUUUUAAAGUAAUUGUGUGCGCAUAAAUAUAAAAUCUGAAAAUUGUUUGGAUAUAUAUGGAAUACCUUUUAUGUAAUUUUUUUUUGAUUUUUCAAUGUAUCUAUAUAUGUUUAUCCAUGAAAAAAUCGUCGGGUAAAAAACAUGAUUUGUUGUUUUGAGAAAAUUCUUUGGAUAAGAUAUGGAAUUAUUGAAACAGCUACAUAUCAUAAUCUUACAAAUAUUUAAUUGUUCAAAAACAUAUACUAUUUGUCGUGGAAUAUUGCUGUUUAUUGGAUGGAAAAUAAUUGAUCUCAUAUAAAUAUUUGUGAAAAAAAAUCUUUAUUAUUCGCUUUGAGCACCUAACUGAAAUUUCUUGAUAUUAUAAUUUGUAAUUCAAAAUGUAAAUAUUUUAUUAGCUGGAAAGUGAAUUUUAACUUGGAAGUUUCUCACGAAAGAUGCUCACAUAUUUAUAUUUCCCAGAAAAAUAUUUUCAUGUUGAAAGAUUAAUUAAUUUUCAACAAGUUUUUUAUGCCUGAAAAAUUACUACUAUAGUAGUACCAGGACAAAAUGUAUAUUUCGAAAUUUUCUAUUUUACAAUACACCCCAUUUUUUUUAACCUACUUUGAAUUUGAGUUCAGAUAGUAUAACAUAAAUACAAAAGUUUUGUUAUACUUCAAUGUUUAUAAUGUGUACUAUGAAUAUUGCGCUUGCUUCAUAUGAGACAGACAUAUUGAAUUGUAAAAGCCUUAUGUUUUAUAUAAUAUCCAAAUGAUAAAAGUUGUCAAUUUAAUUUUUAAGGGAACUGGCAUGAAGUCUAUCUAUGUAUCAAGUGUCUCAUUAUGGCUUAAGAUGGUAAUUCAAAAACGCUUCAAUUUUAUCCCCUAUUUUUUUCUUCUUUACUUUUUUCUUUCCUUUCAUUAUUUUUUCUCUUUUGAACUUUCAUAUAAUUUUUGAGUUUCUUCAGUAAGUUCAUUCAUUUCAUGGUCAUUUUUGGAUGUAUUUUCUGGUUGAGACAUUGAUGAGGGUCCCGGUCGCGACAUUGAUGAGGGUCCUGGUUGUGGUUCUGUAGAAGAAGAUGGUUG